UCAAACAGAUGAGAUCACGGACGCUGUCCCAAUACCCAAACUUGAUAUAAAAAUGCCUGUGCUGCAUGGAGACAUUGCUGUAGCAGAUACGACGUACAAGAAUGCAGAGCCAUGUACUGCCACUGAAAAAGGCUGCAAGUGGCCCAAAGAAGGACGUUAUGUCUACGUGCCUUAUUACAUUUCCCCAGACUACACCCAAGAGGAGCAGAACAUCAUCAUUAGAGGCAUGCGGAGCUUCAACCAGACAACCUGCAUUCGUUUUAUCCCCUGGAAUCCCAGUGUUCGAAAUUACAUCUCUUUCUUUACUCAACCUAACUCUGGGUGCUGGUCUUACCUAGGCCGUCAGAAAGGAGUACAGCACAUCUCCCUUGAGAGAGGAGGAUGCGUAAGAUAUUCGACUGUGCAACAUGAGAUUCUUCAUGCUCUUGGAUUCAACCAUGAGCAGGUCCGCUCAGACAGAGACAGAUACGUCCGAAUUCUCUUCAACAACAUUAAGCGAAAACAGCAAUACAAUUUCCAAAAGAAGAGGACAAACAACUUGGAAACUCCCUAUGACUUUAGCUCUGUCAUGCAUUACAACAAAUAUGCCUUCUCCAAGAAUGGGUUGCCAACCAUCGAAGCAAAGGGAGAUCCUGCCCCCGCGUUUGGAAACGCCCGUCAAAUGAGCACCAAUGACAUUAUUCGUGUCAACAAGCUUUACAGAUGCAGAUCCUCAUUUUAUCGGUAUUAGCACAGACAUCUGGAUAUGCUGCACCAAAAGACAUGAUGUCAAAGCACUGGGAAAUCAUACAUCUGCAAACUUUCCAAGUCAUAAGUAAAUAUUUAAAGAAAUUAUUGUGUAGAAAAUCUGGAGUAGACAGGUUCCAAAAGAGAUAUUACCUGAAUGGCCUUCUUCUGAUUAGGGAUAUUACAUCAGACUGUACUUCAACAGAGAUAAAUAAGUGAAA